AUGGUGUUGAAUUGGAGAGCCGUUUUGGCGGCUAUCGCCACGGCGUCAACUCUAAUUGAAGGCGCCUCAACUAUCAGGGUCGGCAAUCAUGAGCCCGGCACAUUCUCGUACAACCGCACCACCUUUCUCCUCAACAAUGAAGCAUACCAGAUUAUUGGAGGUCAGAUGGACCCCCAGCGCAUCCCUCAUGAAUACUGGGCUCAGCGUUUGCAAAUGGCAAAGUCGAUGGGCCUCAACACCAUCUUUAGCUACCUGUUCUGGAACGAUCUGGAGCCAACACCUGGCGAUUGGGAUUUUACAGACCGCAACAAUGUUGGCCACUUUUUCCAACUUGCUCACGACGCAGGCCUCAAGAUUGUUCUUCGUCCUGGACCCUAUGUCUGCGCUGAACACGAAUGGGGCGGCCUUCCAGGCUGGCUGAACAAGAUUCCUGGCAUGGCAAUUCGCCAGAACAACGAACCUUUCUUGGCCGCUUCCAAGCAGUAUAUUGACCAAUUGGGUGAUGUACUCGGCAAAUAUCAAAUCACUCGCGGUGGUCCUAUUAUCAUGACCCAGCUUGAAAACGAAUAUGGCAGUUUUGGCAGUGACAAGGACUACCUCAACAGGACCGCCAACCUACUUCGCGACAAUUUUGAUGUAAUUUUAUACACUAAUGACGGUGGUGGUAAGAGCUACCUCGAUGGCGGAAGCUUGCACGAUGUCUUGGCCGAAACGGACGGAGAUGCUCAGAGAGGCUUCGCCGCUCGCGAUAAGUACGUCACGGAUCCGACCAUGCUCGGACCCCAGCUCGAUGGUGAAUACUAUACAACUUGGCUCGACGUCUGGGGAAGCAACUAUACCCAUCGGCAAAUGGAUGCAGCUGCUCUCAAGAAGGCAUCAAGCGAUCUCGAUUGGGUUCUCUCAGGCAAGAACUCCUUCAGCUUGUACAUGUUCCACGGCGGCACCAACUGGGCCUUCGAUGCUGGCGCCAUCUGGGAUAAGGAAGCAGCAGCUGUUGCCACUACUAGUUACGACUACGGUGCUCCUCUUGAUGAGAGUGGACGUCCUAGCGCCGCAUACGAGGCUUUCCGUACGACGAUUGCUAAACACGUACCGGCUGGAUCUAUUCCCAAGGUUCCUGCGUUUCCACCAUUGACGACAGUUCCUAAAUUUAGCUUUAAGUCGGCAUCUGGGCUCUUCGACUUUAAAGGAGAUAGCCCGACGGCAUCAACAGUGUACCCUGUCACCAUGGACUCUCUCGACCAAAUCCGGGGCUUCAUCUUAUAUGAACACACUGUUACAGAAGAUGUGGAAGGAGUGCUCGCAGUUGGUGACCAGCCUCGUGAUCGGGUUCUGGUCUAUGUGAACGAAGUCCGCGUUGGUGUCAUUGAUCGAAUUUACAAGUACCCUGCCACUGUCAAGGUUACUCUCAAGGAGGGCGACAAGCUUUCUCUUCUUAUUGAGAACAUGGCUCGCAUUGAUGCCGGCCAACGCAUGGUUGAGCAGAUUAAAGGCAUUGUAGGUAACGUCACUGUUGGAGGCGGCGAAUCGCUCAUUGGCUGGGAAACUUAUUCGAUGCCCCUGACAGAGCUGCCUGAAGGUGCUGCUGAGGGGACAGACGAUUACGAAGUCAAAGACAACCAGCAGCCUGCUUUUUUCCGGGGCUCUUUUGAGCUUCCCCAAGGAGUGCAAAACGACAUGUCUGGCGACACCUUCUUAUCGCUGCCCAAUAACUACAAGGGCGUAGUGUGGGUGAACAACAGACUCAUUGGCCGCUACUGGGCUAUUGGCCCUCAGCAAAGCUUGUACAUCCCCGGCGUGUAUCUGAACGCUCCUGGUACAGCAAACGAAGUCGUCCUUCUUGAGUUGGAGCCAUCCACUGGAACAGAAAUUGUAGGAGAAGGUAUUGCAGAGCGCAAGUGGUUCAACUCACCAGAUAAGAAUCUCUCCGGGAAAUAA